GGCGCGGGUGUCUAAGUUUCAUACUCCAAAGGUGAACGCAGGAGGAGAUUGGGCUGCCAAGCCCCAGCGCUGCCAGCGGCUCUGCCAGGGGCACAGGAAGCCGUUGGCACGGCCAGGGGGAUCUUCAGUCGUCCUCCUGUCAGCUCCAAGCUGCACCGAGUCUCCCGGCUUUGUGGACAAUCUUCACUUUGUACCUCCGCCCAGCCAAUCCUGAACCAGAAAGAACAGCAAUAGACAUACACACGCACACUAAACCAGACAGCAAGGAACAUCGAAACAUCUCACCGAUGUCGAAGAAACGAAAAACUCUUGAAGGAUCUCCGGUCUCAGAAACCUCGCCAUCUUUCGACCCUGGCGAUCAAGACCAAUCUCCGGCAUCAGUUCCCACCUCCGGAUUAAAACGAGCGGGAAACGGAGCGAAGGGAAGAGCCGGCUCCCCGCUUCUCGGGACCGGCUGUCACUGGGGAGACAUGGAGGAGGAGAGAAGGGAGUCUUCCACGGGCUGUUGGUGGAGAUUUGCCAACUGCUUCCUCAACGGUCUGACUGAUGAUAAAGUAAAGUCGUAUUUAUCCCUUCAUUCAAAUGUACUUGAUGAAUAUGUAGCAGAAAAUGUCACUACUGAAACAGUAGAAAGAUGGCUGAUGAAGAAACAGAGCAAGCAAGAUGAUAAAGCCAAUUUUCAGAAUAUUAACAGGUACCUGGACUCUAACAUGCAAGCAGUGGUGUAUGAAUUAAACUCCAGUGUAGAACAGCGGUUGGACCGUGGCAGUGACAACCGACUACUCAUAUUUGAAUUGUGUAACAUCAUAAAAACAGCUACGAUGGCUGAUGGAUUUUCAUUAUAUUUCGUGGGAGAAUGCAACAGUCAGUCACUGUGCCUGUUUACAUCAGCUGGACUGAAAGACCAACAAAAGAAGCCUAUUGCUAUUGAACCUGCUGGAUUUGGCAUUACAGUAGCAUCAUACGUAGCUAAGUUCAGGAAAACAUUGUUAGUACAAGACCUUGCUGAGGAUAGUCGAUUCCCUAAGGGGAUAUCGAUGGACUCAACGUCUCCUAUUCAGUCUGUCCUCUGCUUACCAAUUGUUACUGCCAGCAAUGACUUGUUAGGUGUUUUGGAAUUGUAUCGACAACGUGGCAGAAAUCCCUUUGACAGUGAUCAGCAGCAGAUUGCCACUGCAAACUUAGCGUGGGCUUCAGUGGCAAUACAUCAAGUUGAGAUUUCCAAAGGUCUUGCCAAACAGAGUGAAAUGAAUGAUUUUCUGCUUGAUGUAUCCAAAACCUAUUUUGAUAAUAUACUGGCAAUAGAUUCUCUACUUGAACACAUCAUGAUAAAUGCAAAAAAUUUGGUGAACGCAGAUCGUUGUGCGUUCUUUCAGGUGGAUCACAGUAACCACGAGUUAUACUCAGACCUGUUUGAUGUCGGUGAAGAAGAGGAAGGAAGACCAGUUUUCAAGAAAACCAAAGAGAUUAGAUUUUCUAUUGAAAAAGGAAUUGCUGGGCAAGUAGCACGAACAGGAGAGGUUCUUAACAUUCCUGAUGCCUAUGCAGACCCACGCUUCAACAGAGAAGUAGACCUGUACACUGGGUACACCACACGAAACAUCUUGUGCAUGCCUAUCGUCAGCCGAGGAGUUGUCAUUGGUGUUGUGCAGAUGGUGAACAAAAUGAAUGGAAAUGCCUUUACUGAAGCAGACGAGAACAACUUUAAAAUGUUCGCUGUUUUCUGUGCUUUGGCCUUACACUGUGCAAAUAUGUACCAUAGAAUACAACAGUCUGAGUGCAUUUAUCGGGUCACAAUGGAGAAGCUGGCUUAUCAUAGUAUUUGCACGACUGAAGAAUGGCAGGGCCUCAUGAAAUCUGUACUGCCCAAAUCUAUUAGCAGAGAAAUUGAACAGUUCCACUUUGAUAUCACCCCGUAUGAGGAUCUCUGGCCAACAAUUUUUGUUUAUAUGAUUUACAGCAGCUGUGGAAAAAACAGCUUUGAUAUGGAGAAACUGUGUCGCUUCACUAUGUCAGUAAAGAAAAACUACCGCCGUGUGCCCUACCACAACUGGAAGCAUGCAGUCAAUGUGGCACAUUGCAUGUAUAAUAUCCUGCAAAAGGUUCAUGGGACAUUCUCACAACUAGAGCGGAAAGGUCUUCUAGUGGCUUGCUUGUGUCACGACCUAGAUCAUAGAGGUUACACGAACAGCUAUCUACAUAAGUUUGAUCACCCACUAGCUGCUUUAUAUUCUACCUCCACAAUGGAGCAGCAUCACUUCUCGCAGACGGUUGCUAUUUUGCAGUUGGAAGGGCAUAAUAUCUUCUCCAGUCUGAAUGCUGAUGAUUAUGAGCAGUUGCUUGAAAUCAUUCGGAAAGCCAUCAUUGCAACUGAUCUUGCACUAUAUUUUGGAAAUAGGAAGCAGAUAAGUGACCUGCUACAGGCAGGAGCAUUGGACAUCAACAAUCAAACCCACAGAGACAGAGUGAUUGGUCUAAUGAUGACAGCUUGUGAUCUCUGCUCCGUCACCAAGUUAUGGCCAGUUUGCAGGGCCACAACCGAUGAUAUUUAUGCUGAAUUCUGGGGAGAGGGUGAUGACAUGAAAAGAAUGGGAAUUCAACCUAUUCCUAUGAUGGACAGAGAGAAAGAUGACGAAAUUCCCAGUGGCCAGGUUGUUUUCUUCAAUGGGGUAGCUGUGCCUUGUUACCAUACACUUGCAGAGGUCUUCCCAUCAACCUCUCAACUGCUUAUAUCUUGCAGGGAAAACCUUGCUCAAUGGGAGAAGAUAGCACAAUCAAGUCAAGCUUCACAAGAUAAGGACCAGACUGCUUCCUCAAAGAAUGCUCCUGUAUAAAUUGAGAAUUGAGGGUAUUGGUACUCUAUAUUGAAUGGGAAGAGACCUGUUAUUGUAGGUAAUAAAAUGGCAUUACCUCUUGAGUCCAUGACAAACAUGGCUCCCACUCUAGCUAACAAUACAAGUCAUUUGGAGAAACAGUUUUUAAAAAGCAUCAGAUCUAGCUGCCUUAGCAAUUCUGUUGUAUUUGAAAAUGACUUUUUUUAAAGACAGCAUUUGCUCUUUCUUGUAUGCUGUAUUGCUGUGGCCUUAAUAUUUACUCUGAGACAGGCAGGUACCUUCCAUGUUAUUUUACACUUGGUGUAGCAUCUUCAAAUGUUCUGUGUGUGUCUGAUAUCAUUGUCAAAGAUAGUUUACAUAUUAAUUUGAAUGUCAUGAGAAGAUAGAAUUUGACUGCAUUUUAGUAGUUGUGGUCUUGACAGUGACAGAUAUUGUUGAAGUAUUAAAUACUUGAACUGAUGACAACUGAUGGCCGUUGCAAAUUGCAAAAAUACCAAAAUUUCAGCCAUUCCGAGAUAAUUGCUACUUUUAAGGGAACAGCAAAAUGUCUGAGGAAAUUCAUAGCCGCAUCUCUGUCGGGAUGUUAAUAAAGGCAAGUCAUGGAAUGCAAAACUACUUUGAAAAGCAGGGUAAAGCAAUGGAUUUCACCAGCCCUAUAAUAGACUAGUUAGGGCACUUAUUUUUUUCAUCAUGAAUUGAAGCAGUAGUUGUGAUAAACAAAAAUAGGAUGACCCUGGAUUUAAAAGUAUCUGAACUUGAGUUUGGUAAAUAAUUUACAAAAAAAAAUGCAAGUGAUCAUUUUUUUAUAAAUCUGGACAGUUAUUUUUUGGUUUAUCUGUCUCCAAGAAUGUGGUGAUGGUGGAAAGAACUCUUGAAGAUCUACUUGUCUGCAUUGGUAAUACUUGGACUACAAAUUUGUUAAUAUCUUUUCCCCCUCUUUGUUCCUAAAUGGAUGAAGCAGUUUAGAGAUGGAAGUGGAAAUUUACCCAUUCAGUCAUUGAAUGCCAUACUUGUGUUUUCAGCAAACUAAUUAUUUAGGGUGUUCCAGUACAGGAAGUACCAACUGGUUCACAUGGAGGCUCUACAGUAAACACUAUACCAUUUAAUUGUGCCACCACAAUUAUUUUUGUAGCUAAAGUAGUUGUAUAAUUGAAUCCCAGCUGGAAGAUCCAAUAUCUGAGUAGGUUUCAUCUGAUCCUAGACUUAAGUAACAUAUGAAGCAAGGCAUCGCCUUUGGAAAAAGCAAGUGUGAAACCAUCUGGCUGUCACACCAGGAAGCUCACUUCUCUUAAUAGAUCAAAAGUUAGUACCUGUGCGACAGUACCUACACAGAAGACUUUCCGCAGAAGUGUCUGACUUUUAUGUCUUCUUCAUUCACUUACCAGAAUAUCAUUCAUUGCCAUGGAGCACUUAUAAAUAACAAGACAACAGCACCUCACAAACAGCUGCUGAAAUUGAAUAUUAAUUUUGUGCAGUUAAAAAUAUGAAAGUACAACUUAAGUUAACUGGUUGGUUAGAUUGGAGUAAGAUACAAGUAUGCACUCCCUAAGCCUUUGUGUUUCUAUGAUGUCUAACACUCCUGAAUAAAUAGGGCUGAAUUAUUGCUAACAAGCAUUGCAAAAGAAAUAUUGGCAAUAUGGUCUAGAGAGAGUUUUGCACUCUUCCUCAUCCUACAAUAAUUAUAAGAGAGAAAUUAAAGCUAAUUCACACAUUGCACAGACUAUAAGUACAAUCUUUGCAUAAGUAACUUUACAAUUAUUUGUGUCAACGCAUUGAUCAUUCCAUCAUUGAUAUGACAAUAUAUAAUACCUGCAAAAUGAAGGAAGUCUUUCAAAUUGCAUUGAAUUAUCUGAACUUCAUUUGCAUCCCUAAUAUCCAUUGUGGAAAACCAUACCAUAGAACUGUAAGAUAUGUGAUGGACCUUUGAAAGUACUUCUAAUAUUGUAUUAUAUUGCACUAGUCUAUUCAAGAUUCUAUCAAUAUUAGCUUUAGUUUCUUCUAGAAGUUGUGGAGGAUUUUUUGCACUCUUUGUGUGUGCUUAUUAUAAUGAAUGCUUUGUGUGCAUGUAAUAUGUACAAACAAACUGGAACUUUGUAGCAUAUUACCAAUCACGCCUGCUGCCUAAGCAGCUUCAACAUCACUUGUAAAUACAAGAAGUUGCUGACUGUCUACUUAAUUUUUAUUAUAAAAUGUCAUGUUUCAAUGUAACAAAUAUUAAUAUUUACGCAACUAUACUGCAAGUGAUAUUGGUUAUGUAUAUUUACAAUAUAACAAGAUGUUACUGUAAAUUAAUUUUUACACUGAUUAUAGUACAUUUGGUUUUAAAAAAGUCCAAAAUUUGGAUGGGCUUUUCUAUUAUUAGAGAAGUAAUUCCAGUGUAGAUACAUGUCAAGUAGUUAUGGGAUAUUGUCUGUAAGAGAAAAAAAAUGAAAAAGAAUGCAAGUGCAAUAAUUUUGAGGUGUCUUAAUUUUUGUUUAUAAAUUAUAAAUAUUG